AUGGAAGCAGAAUAUCGAGCGACAAUUCAGAUUUUUCGGUAUCGAAGACCCACAACUAAAGAAAGACGGACUUAUUAUAUACGGAUCGGUCAAGAAAUCGCUGACUUAGACGACUCCAUACCCGACCCAGCACUCGAAGGAAAUCAAAACGAAUAUACUCGCUUAAUUCACAAGCUCGAUCAGCACUUUCUGCCGAGAGAGAAUAAAGAUUAUGCUCGUUUUAAACUCGGAAAUUUGGUACAACAAGACGACGAACUGAUGGCGACUUACUACGCCCGAAUCAGAGAAAUCGCCAAGAAAUGUAGCUAUACAGACGAAAACGAUGCGAUACGCGACCACUUGAUCAAAACAAUGCAUAACAAUGCGAUUCGUGUCAAAGCUAUUCGCAACAACUGGACACUACAAGAAAUUCUCGAGGAAGCAGCAAUCACCGAGCAAGGUCAACUGCAAGCCAAAGAAAUCAAGCAGCCAAAGAGUGAAAUAUGCUAA